AUGGCUUAUGUUAUAUUGCUGUUUGUAGAUCCAUUCGUCAAACUCCGAUUGAAUAGUGUGUUCAGAAAGAAAGUUCUCUGUCAAGAAGAUCAUGUAGAACAAGGACCGUUGAAAGCAAACUCUUCUAUUCAAAUUAACGUUGUCGAAGGGGCCGCAGAAGAGUUAAGGGACAAAAUGUUUCAUAAGAGACCCGUCACCACUUGA